AUGGUUCGAACCGCGGACAAGAAUGCUCAUUGUCCUCCCCAUCUCCUUUAUCCCUGUAAUCUUCACGACCUUCCCGCCACCUCCAAGUGGAACCUCUUCCACCAAAUCUGCAUAUCCCAACUUCUCUACACGAAAAUGCUCGAUGUUCGAUAUGGGCAGACAAUUCAAGGUCUUUGUGAUGAACUCAAUCUCGUCCCUCUCUAUGUCUCGAAUGACCAAAAUCUUGGCCUUUGCCAAAUAGUGCAGCGACAAGUCUGUGACGGCAUCUCUCGAGAUGCUCUUCUGUAUCAGCAACACGUUGCAGCCCGUGGCUUUGAUCUUCUUGAUCAUCCCCAGAAUAUAGUUUCUCUCCUCCUUCAAAAUCCUGUCCAUCUGGGAGUAGUCAGAAACCACGAUGCUUAUAUCGGUUUUAGGGGUCCACUAAAUCGGGCUUCUGAGGGUCCACCAGAGAAAGCACGGCAUCAACGGCCAGAGGUGCCAGAAGAGAGGAGUACUGAGAGAUUACCUUCGAGUUGA